CGGAGCUUGUCAACUCGCUGGAGAGCUUCGCGAAGGCUUUUGUUGGACUCUUGUCCUCCGAGAAACAAGUUUUGUGGGUUUCUGGGCAUUAGCAGAGUCAUCGGAAUACACAAAAACCAGUUCCGAGUCUCUCGGGGCCAUCGCAGUGAAUCUUCAGCCUCCGCCGUUGAGUCUCUUAUAUACAGACGCGGGCAUUGGAGAUUACUUGGUGUUUUGGAGCUGAAGUGAAGGGGUUACCCUUAUUGUGGCUUCAGGCACCUAGCUUUUAAAGCUCGGUUCACUGUUAACUUGGAGGUCUUUUUCUCCCCAGUCCCGUUGUCUUUCAUUAGAACUUGGACUUGAAGUUGUAGGUGGGACAGAAUGAGUGGUCUCCUUAGCUCUGUGUCUGUACUUCUCCACCGCAUCCCCUACUGUCAUUGCCCCCUACCUGCUGUGGUCUCUUUAGGAUGGGUCAGAGCUUUGUUUAUGUUUUGCUUUGGCUUGGGGGAGGGGAACACUUAGAAGAGGUUUCCUUCCAUCAGAUCACUUGUUAAUAUGGAUACUGUUUCAUUUUCUUAAGUGAAGUUUACUUUGGUUUUUGGCCUCAAGGUCAUGUUGCAGAUGACACAGCCGGUAAGAAGAUUUCCUUCUACUAAAAUGUUCCUUGAAAUAGCAAGGUACAAGAUCACUGUUGCCGGUGGUGUUUGAACUUUAUUAUGGGCCACCUGAAAAUUAAAUCUUACUUUGUCACUUUCUAGUCCAGUGACCUUGGGCGAAUUAGUCCUCUUUGCUGUCCCUGUAACCCAGGAAAACAAGUUUGUUUCAUAAGUUUAUCUCAUGUUAGGUCCCAAUUUUAUCUAACAUUUACAUAUUAGACCUGUAACUGAGUAUAUAUGUAAAUAUGCAUAGAAUCAGCUCAGUGGUGACCAUACUUAUCAAAUUCAACUUGAUCUUGAUUAUUUUAUUUGUUUUUGAGGCAGGGUCUCACUAUGUGGCGGGGAGAUCUUUAUUGCUUCUGCCUUUAAUAAUGGGAUUAAUAAAGUCAUGCACCACUGCACCUGACUCAUUAUGUAGUUAUUUUUUGAGAUGAUAGUAGUUUAGGAUGUUCUUGACUUUCCUUUUCAGCUAAGGCUGCCUCAAAAUCUUGAUCUUGCUGCCUCUACCUGACAAGCAUUAUGAAUAGAGGAACACUUCUGUUUCAUACAUUAUCCUUUCUUACUCCUGCUAAUCUGCUAAUGUAAUUUGGAAGAUAGCUGUCACCAGGAUAACCUGUAAUGGGCAAGGAGCCACAGAGAAGAAAACAUUUCUUUUAGUUUUAACCUUGGUUUGAAAGAACAGCAUGUUUUGGAAAUUUGAUCUUCACUCAUCAUCCCACAUAGACACGCUUCUAGAGAGAGAAGAUGUGACACUGAAGGAGCUAAUGGAUGAGGAGGACGUCCUACAGGAAUGUAAAGCACAGAACCGCAAGCUCAUAGAAUUUCUGUUAAAAGCAGAAUGUCUGGAAGACUUAGUUUCAUUCAUUAUAGAAGAGCCACCUCAAGACAUGGAUGAGAAGAUCCGAUACAAGUAUCCAAAUAUAUCUUGUGAGUUGCUCACAUCUGAUGUCUCCCAGAUGAAUGAUAGACUGGGGGAAGAUGAGUCCUUGCUAAUGAAAUUGUAUAGCUUCCUCCUAAAUGAGUCCCCCUUGAACCCACUACUCGCCAGUUUCUUCAGCAAGGUGCUAAGUAUUCUUAUCAGCAGAAAACCAGAACAGAUUGUGGAUUUCUUGAAAAAGAAGCGUGAUUUUGUGGAUCUCAUUAUAAAGCACAUAGGAACUUCUGCUAUCAUGGAUUUAUUGCUCAGGCUCUUGACAUGUAUUGAGCCUCCACAACCCAGGCAAGAUGUACUGAAUUGGUUAAAUGAGGAGAGAAUUAUCCAGAGGCUUGUGGAAAUAGUUCACCCAUCGCAAGAAGAAGAUCGGCAUUCAAAUGCCUCACAAUCACUUUGUGAAAUUGUUCGCCUGAGCAGAGACCAGAUGUUACAAGUUCAGAACAGUACAGAACCAGAUCCCCUGCUUGCCACUCUAGAAAAGCAAGAAAUUAUUGAGCAGCUUCUGUCAAAUAUUUUUCACAAGGAGAAGAAUGAAUCGGCCAUAGUCAGUGCAAUUCAGAUUUUGCUGACUUUACUUGAGACUCGACGGCCAACAUUUGAAGGCCACAUAGAAAUCUGCCCCCCAGGCAUGAGUCAUUCAACUUGUUCAGUUAACAAGAGUGUUCUCGAAGCCAUCCGAGGAAGACUUGGAUCUUUCCAUGAACUCCUACUCGAGCCACCCAAGAAAAGUGUGAUGAAGACUACAUGGGGUAUAUUGGACCCACCCGUGGGGAAUACUCGGUUAAAUGUCAUUAGGUUGAUAUCCAGCCUGCUCCAAACCAAUACCAGCAGCAUAAAUGGAGACCUGAUGGAACUGAACAGCAUUGGCGUCAUAUUGGACAUGUUCUUCAAGUACACAUGGAAUAACUUUCUACACACGCAAGUGGAAAUUUGUAUUGCUCUCAUUCUGGCCAGUCCUUUUGAGAAUGCAGAGAAUGGCACGAUUACUGAUCAAGACUCCACUGGUGACAAUUUGUUAUUGAAGCAUCUUUUUCAAAAGUGUCAGUUAAUAGAGCGAAUACUUGAAGCCUGGGACACAAAUGAGAAGAAACAGGCUGAAGGAGGACGGCGGCAUGGUUACAUGGGACACCUUACGAGGAUAGCUAACUGUAUUGUGCACAGCACUGACAAGGGUCCGAACAGUGCGUUAGUACAGCAGCUCAUCAAAGAUCUUCCCGACGAAGUCAGGGAGCGGUGGGAGACGUUCUGCACGAACUCCUUAGGAGAGACGAACAAGAGGAACACGGUAGAUCUAGUUACAACCUGCCAUAUUCAUUCAUCCAGUGAUGAUGAAAUUGACUUUAAAGACACGGGUUUCUCACAGGAUUCCUCUUUGCAGCAAGCCUUUUCUGAUUAUCAGAUGCAACAAAUGACGUCCAAUUUUAUUGACCAGUUUGGCUUCAACGAUGAGAAGUUUGCAGACCAAGACGACAUUGGCAAUGUUUCUUUUGAUCGGGUGUCAGAUAUCAACUUUACUCUCAAUACAAAUGAAAGUGGAAAUAUUGCCCUGUUUGAAGCAUGUUGUAAAGAACGGAUACAGCAGUUUGAUGAUGGCGGCUCUGAUGAAGAGGAUAUCUGGGAGGAGAAGCACAUUGCAUUUACUCCUGAAUCCCAGAGGAGGUCCAGCUCUGGCAGUACGGACAGUGAAGAAAGUACAGACUCUGAAGAAGAAGAUGGGGCCAAACAAGACCUGUUUGAGACUAGCAGUGCAAACACAGAGGACAAAAUGGAGGUGGAUCUGAAUGAGCCACCCACCUGGUCAGCCAACUUUGACGUCCCAAUGGAAACCACCCAUGGCACUCCCUUAGACUCAGUGGGAUCUGAUGUCUGGAGCACAGAGGAGCCAAUGCCAGCUAAAGAGACAGGCUGGGCUUCUUUUUCAGAGUUCACAUCCUCCCUGAGCACAAAGGAGUCUUUAAGGAGUAAUUCGCCUGUGGAAAUGGAAACCAGCACUGAGCCCAUGGACCCCUUGACACCCGGUGCAGCUGCCUUGGCCACUCAGCCAGAGGCACCAGGCAGCAUGGCCAUGGAAGCCAGCUCAGAUGGAGAAGAGGAUGCUGAGAGUACAGACAAGGUAACUGAGACCGUGAUGAAUGGCGGCAUGAAGGAAACACUCAGCCUCACUGUAGACGCCAAGACAGAGACUGCAGUCUUCAAAAGAGUGUUGAAGUCCUACCGUGAGGAAGAAACACUGUCUACCUCUCAAGAUGCUGCUUGCAAAGAUGCAGAAGAGACCCCCGAGCCAGCACAGGCCAAGUGCACAGCUCCCCUGACUCCCAGCAGUAGUCCUGAGCAAAGGACCGACCAGCCAAGCAUGCCAAGUGACACGUCAGUUAAUGGCCCUGUAUGAUGAGUGAUGUCCACUGCUGCUGACUGAGGACUGCAGGCCAUCAUCACCCAGGGGCUCUGGAGGGCUCACCCAGAGCUACCAAGCCACCACUACUGCACUCUGCAAGGGAUCAGGACCAGCAACCUUUAUAUUCUAGAUUCUAAGACAUUGUACAGAGAAAUUCAGACGUGUAAAAAUAUUGCACAUUGACAAAUACCAAGAAUUUUUGCGUAUGUUUAUAUUGUAUUGAUCUAAAUACUGGGUAGCCUGUGACACCAGAUCUUGCUGCCCAUGUAAUAAUAGUAAUGAUACAUAGUUCAGAUGGUUGUAAGAAUAGUUUUAUAAAGUGACUACACAGAUCUAUUGUAUUCGAAACAUAACUAUUUGACAAUUAUUAGUGUGACCAAAGUAUUAGGCAGUUUUCAUACAUUUUCCACCUGUACAAAAUUCUGAAUUCAUUUUUCUUCCAGGUUGGCACAGAGCUGUCGAUGGAAAAGCCCUCUGCGUGUUAUUUUGGUUGUUCUGACUUACACAGUGAUUUUGAAUAAGAAAUACUUGGUGUUUUUUUAUAACCCACUUUCAAUUGGUAACUGUUUUCUGUAUUGUUUCAGGCGGAUCAAAUGCGUGAGUCUUGGUGGAGAUUAAGUAUUUAUUGCUACAACUUAGUUGAUGAAUUGCUGUUCUUGUAAAGCCAUAUGUUCUGUUAAGGUCUGGUUUGCUCAGAGCAUUUCUUUCUGCAGGUGAAACACUAGAAUAUUGGAGUGUACAUGGCUGUGGUUAGAAUUUUGGGGGGUGGGGGUGGUGAUUGUUUUUUGUUUUGUUUUGGUAGUUCAUCCGCCUUUUAACCCAUUCACCAAAAUGUCCCUUGUCAGCAAGUAUCAUUGAUGGCCAUUUCAGAGUGGUCUGCACCCACACUGCUCUGUGUCACAGAGGUGAGUCUGGAAUGCUCAUGCGGUGACGGGGUAGAGUGUGCCCAUCACACGGGCUGACUGUAACAGAAUCACAACCUGGCAUCCAAGCAUGUUUCUUGUUUUACUGUACCUUGUGAGGUUUUCACUUGUAAACCAGUGGAUUUUAGAACUGGUUUGUGUGUAUAUAGUGAUUAUGGAUACUAAUUCAGUGUAAUUUAUAAUUUUCUAUGUCAGCGUAAACACAUCCUAGCCUCCUCCAACAGCUGAAGCAAUGGCCUGUGCACUGCCGCGGCAUCUGGUGAAGGGCUCCGUCACCUCGCCUCUUGCACUUUUAGAUGCAGAUCAGUUUUUCAUUCUAUAAUAGAAAAUAUUCACAUAUUUUUACAUCAUUUGUUUUUUCCUGACCAGUAUUUAAAACCAAAAGGAUAUUCUGAAAAAAUGGCCAACAAGUUUUUUAGAACCAGCAUCCCAAGCAGUGUGCCUACAUGACAUCGCGUAUGGAGAUAGAGUCGAGUGUCCAAUGCCUUACUCCUUACUCGCUUCUCACUGUACACAGUGCAAGGGACCACCUCAGGUGGCCGAGGCAGGCCUGGUCACCAGGCUCAGUGGGCAGCAGGAGGCCCUGGGACUGGUGGCGAGGGGCUCGGUGGCCUGUGCUUGCCCGCUCAGGACCCUUCAGUCACAGCUCCUUCAGAAGAGACUGCGUUCUCUGGAACCUGGUGCCACCAGAGGACAGGGCUCCUUCUGCUCGUCUCAGGGAUGGUUGACCUGCGUGGCCCAGGACCUCACAUUGCUGGCAGAUGGCAUGCUCCUGUCUCACCUGGUGACAAGCCUUGCUGACCACAGCCAGGACUUGGCUCCUUGUCAGCCCACACUGCCUCCUUGCUGUGGAUUGGGCUGGCUUUUCUGUCCCACUGUCCACUGGGAAAGGAACACUUGGGUAUUGUGCUUGGGAAAGGACUUAGGUUUGCUUGUCUUAGGGAGAGGCUGUGAGGGUGAAAGGGGACAAGGUGCGUUGGGUUGGAGGGUGCCAGCCAGGGCUUGUGAUGAGUUCCUGCACCUUUUCAUUUCUGUGUAUUGGCCGAAUGAAUUGCAAGACUAACAGAUGUCUACAGUACAAUACCUGUAUUACAAGUAAUAACAAAAUAAAGCCCGAUGCUUUGUUUCUAUGAAGUUCCUUGUGAGCCUUUUUUGGGGUUCUAGUAGACACAUAGCCUCUGCCAAGAAGUCCU